AUGUCGCACGACGAGAAGGAUUAUUAUACGGAGGACAAGAAUGGCUCUUUAGAGAAGGGCGCCUACGCAACUCAGGCUCCUGUCUCUCAGGAUGAUCCUAAAUAUCACUUCGACCCCCACGACCUAGACCAAGUUCAGCGUCGCCUAAAACAACGUCAUGUCCAAAUGAUUGCUAUUGCGGGAACCAUCGGAACCGGUCUUUUCCUUGGUUCCGGUAAGGCCCUCGCUCGCGCCGGACCCGCUGGCGCUCUCAUCGCCUAUAUACAUGUCGGAAGCAUUGCAUAUUCUUCGCUCUGCGCAGUCGGAGAAAUGACCUGCUUCGCCCCCAUCUCUGGCUCAUUCCCUCACUUUGCGGCUCGGUGGGUCGAUCCCGCAUUCGGUUUUGCUACUCAAUGUAUCACAGUUCCUGUGGAAGUUACCGCUGCACAGAUAAUUCUGACCUUCUGGGAUAACAGUCAUACCCGUGGUAUCGUGUACACGGCAAUCAUCAUGGUACUCAUGUGUUCGAUUAAUUUAUUCGGUGUACGAUACUUUGGGGAGUCCGAGUUCUUCUUCGCUAUCAUCAAACUAUCGUUGAUAACUGGUUUGAUCUUGGUCGGCCUUGUUAUCGACUUGGGAGGAGGCCCGGAUGGCGAUCGACGGGGAUUCCGCUACUGGAAGAACCCUGGAGCGUUUAAUACAUAUCUGGUCGACGAGCCAGUAUCACUUGGACGUUUCCUCGGGAUUCUUGGUGUCCUCAUUCAAGCAGCCUUUUCUUUCCAGGGUAUGGAGCUAGUUGCCAUCGCUGCAUCCGAGACUGAGAAUCCUCGUCGUAACAUCGCCAAGGCUGUUCGACGUGUGUUCUAUCGUAUUGUAGUGUUCUACGUCCUCGGUAUUCUAGUGACCGGUAUGAUUAUACCAUACAAUAACGAGGAUUUGCUUCAAGACACUGGUACUGGAGCUCAAUCACCUUAUGUUAUUGCCAUCAACCUGGCCGGCAUUAAGGCUCUACCUCACAUCAUUAACGCCUGUGUUUUCACUUCUGCAUUCUCCGCCGGUAACUCCUUCUUGUACACCGCCUCGCGCAUCUUGUACGGUCUGGCCGUCCGAGGACAAGCACCACGCAUCUUCACCAGGUGUACAAAGGGUGGUCUUCCUAUCGUCUCGGUUGGAUUCUGCUCUCUCUUUUCCCUCCUUGCCUUUAUGAACGUUAGUAAUGACGGCUCCACUGUCUUCAACUGGCUGGUCAACUUGACUACCAUUGGUGGUUUCUUCACGUGGUGGGCUAUUAAUAUCACUUACGUUCGCUUCUACCAAGGCCUGAAGCUUCAAGGAAUUGACCGCAAACAAUUCGUAUACUUCUCUGGUCUCCAGCCUUACCUCUCUUACUGGGUCUUUUUCGAUUUCAAUGCUUCCGACUUCAUCACAUGCUACAUUAACAUUCCUAUCUUCUUUGCCCUCUUUGUUGGCUGGAAAUUUUUCAAGAAGACCAAAUUCUGGAAAACUCAGGAUAUGGACUUCACAACCGGUAUCCCGACGAUUGAGGAGACCGAAUCGCCAGAGUUACCGCCAAAGAAUUUGGGUGAAAAGAUUUUCAACGCUAUUUUCUAA